UGCCCCGUUGCGCCUGCGUGGCGUUGGCACGCUGCUUCCUCCGGACAGUGGCAAAAUCUUCUCCUUGGCUGCUCGACGGCGCGCCACAUCACUUGCGACACGCGGGGGUUGGGGGCCCGAGUCUCAAAAAAGAAUCCAACUUGCGUUUUCGUAUACCGACCUUGACGUUGCCCCAGUUUAGAUUUUGACACUUCGGCAACAGCACUCAUCGCAUGGCCCCGCACCAGACUGAUCAUGCCUCCGUGGAUACGACAAUGCUGCCCAAAGAGCCUUCGCCUCACCUUCCUGCGUAUGGCACCUUUGAAGAGAACGACGCAAUGGCGUCGCCCGGCGACCAGCCUCGCCACGUGAAAUGGGUCAUGGUCGGCCUCCUCUCGCUCCUCUCGGGCUUGAACCAAGCGAUUUGCUACUCGUACGCACCGAUCGCCAAGAUGGCCGAAGCGUCCUGGGACUAUGGCGUCGAGUCGACGACGCUCAUCACCAUCUACUUUAUCGUCUACCUCCCGUUCGCGUUCGUGGGCUCGUGGGUCAUGGACAAGAAGGGCCUCCGCUAUGGCGUGCUUCUCGGCGCCAUCCUCCAAGCGGUCGGCGCGUCCAUCCGGUACCUCGCGACGGCCGGGCACGUCGACUCGUCGUUCCAAGUGCUCUUCCUUGUCCUCGGGCAGACGCUCGCCGCCAUGGCCAUGCCCUUUAUGGUCAACUCGCCACCGAUGCUCUCGGCGCUGUGGUUCCCGCCGUCCCAGCGCGCGGCUGCAACGUCGAUCGCUGUCAACUGCAACCAGCUCGGCAUUGCCGUCGUGUACCUGCUCACGCCGUUCCUCGUGCACUCGCCCGACGACGUGGCGCCGUGGUCAGGCGUCAUUGCGCUUCUCGCGCUGCUCUCAACAGCGCUCGCGUGCUGCUUCUUCCAGCGCUCGCCGCUCUUUGUCGCCUCAUCGACGUCGUACGACGCCAAGCAGUGGGUCGCGGCCUUCCACCACGACGGCUUUGGCUUGACCGUGCUCGUCUUCUCGAUCGCCGAGACCGUCAUCAACGUGCUCUCGUCGAUGCUGACGCACAUCCUCAACGUCGACGGCUUCUCCAAGACCCAAGAAGGGCUGAUUGGCGCGGCCUUUAUCGUGAGCGCGCUCUUUGGCGGCCAGUGCCUCUCGGCGUACGUCGACGCGACCAAGGCGCACAAGAAGGCGCUGACCGUCUGCCUCGUCCUCACUGCCAUCGCGCUCCUCCUCUUUGAACUCGUUCUCACAGCGUCGGACGUCUUGCCCAACCACGUGGUCUGGACGCUCGUGUGCCUCAUGGCCGCCGGGCUCUUCCUCGGGCCGCUGCAGCCGAUUUCGCUCGAGCUCGGCGUCGAGUGUGCGCACCCAACGACCGAGGCGACCGUCGCCGCGCUCCAGCAGCUCUGCGGCAACCUCCUCUCGGCGAUCGCGGUGCCGCUCCUCAGUAUCCUCUCGCACGCCGAAGAGCCGGUCGGCGACGACGUGAUAACGUGGCUUGACAUGCUCUCGACGCCCCAGUCGGUGCUCAGCAUUGCGCUCCUGCUUACCGCUGUUGCUUUUUGCCACUUCAAAGGCAAAUUCAAGCGCUUUGCCAAGGAGUCCAACUCGUCCGAAGACAUUCUCGUGUAAGCAGCGAGAUAAGUGGUGAAUGCAUGGGGUUUAUGAUGAUAACAAUGGAGCCUUGGUGCUACGAA